AUGGCGGGUGGAAAGUCGACCAAGCGUGUGAACCUGCGCACCAAGAUUGCGCGAAAGCAGCAGGCCCAAAGCGCAGCCGGUGCCGAUGCCUCCUUAUCCUCCACCUCCACCGCCGCGGCAGCCGCAGCGUUCGCGAACUCAUCCGCAUCCCCUUCCGUCGUGACGGAUGCGCUGCGGUUGGCGGAUACGCGGCGAGCUCGCCAGCAGAAUGCGCCGUUCGGGCACGCCAACGAGGACCGCGGAGCCGCAUUGCAGAUUCGUGAUGCCCUGCGUCAGCGCCGUGGCCGCACGAGCCGCGCUCCGGCCACCACCACGACGCCCACCAGCACCAGCGCAUCUACCUCCGCAAGGCGUCAGCCGAAGAGCGAUGAUCGUACGUUGCGGAGGAAGCGGCAGUCGGCCAAGAAGGAGUCGAAGACGGACGGCAGCGCGAUGCACCCCGCUGCCCUGCGCCGUGCCGCCGUCCACGAGCGCCGCCGCCUUUUAGUACCGCCGGUCUCCGCCGCCGCGGCGCGCAUGGCCGUCGCGCAGGAGGAGCUGCACCUCUUCGAUAAAGUGCAGACGGUGCCAGCCUACGCAGCUGACCCGUUCGCGGCUGUGAUGCAGCACCUAUCGGCGACAAUGGACACGUUGAAGCCGCAAACGCCAGAUGUUGGCCGCGUGGCGCGUGACUGA